AAUUCCACUCAAGCGCCGAUGAAGUAGCUCGCGCUUCUCGCAGAUCGUUGGCGCAGUCUCGAGUAGUCUGGCUGGCAAAGAAGUGAUUCGCAUUUACCUGUUGCACAGUGAAAAGAAAGUUCCUAAGAAAGUAUAACGUCUGUAUGCGAAACGAGCACCUAGCAGUAGUUUGUCUUCUUGCCAACUAAACGGACGCUUUAGCGCAUGCGCGGUGCUAACUUCUACGUUUUCAUAUCUACCUAGUAGCUAUUACUUCUUGUGCAUUUUAAUUCGUGGUCGCUGGUUUGCUUGCGUGUUUUGCAUAUACAUACCUGUGAUUUUGGUGCCACAGACGUAAGGCAUAGUUACAAAUAUACAUACAUACAUACAUUCAUAUUACGUUUUAACGCUGGUAGUUGUUGCGCGCAAUCGCGUUCGGUCGACAAAAGUCAGCCGCGUGUAGCAAGUUCGGAACGUGAUAGACUUUGUUUUUUGCGUGCAUAUUGUGAAAGUUACUCUCAACAUUGUCGCUAAUUGGCAGCUGCAACACAACUAUGUUGCUGCUACGAAAGGCCGUUUUAUUGCUGGCGCUGCUUUGCGUGCACGUAUCCUUUACCCAGUCGUCGAGCCAACAGCAAGAUGAUGCGAAUCCGCUGCUCGAUAUGGCCUCCAUGUUCAUACAAGAGGCGUUGAACAACCAAGCGGGCAAUGGUGGUGCCAGCGCGGCUGGCGGGGUAGGCGGUGGCGCUGGGCUCGCAGGUGUCGCCUCUCUCAUAGGUAGCUUUAUGCAGGCCAACGCUGGCGGCGGUGGCUCUGCCGGGCAAGGUAAGGCGGCCGCAUCCGGUGCCAUGCAAAUAUUAUCCGGCAUCGGCAGUUUGCUUGCCAAUGCGGGCCAAAAUGGUGGAAAUGCUGGCGGCAGCGCUGGUGGUUUCGAUCCGGCCAUCAUCGGCAAUGUGCUCGAAAUGUUUACUAACAGCGAUGCAGACUCGGAAGAUGCGGGCGCUGGUGCGCGUAGUAAUGGCGGAAAUGAUGCUGGCAUCGGCUUGGACUCGAUACUACAAAUUGCCUCUGUGUUUAUGAACGCCAACACGGGCGGUGGAGGCCAGCAGCAGCAGCAGCAGCAGCGACAAGCUCAUCAUCAGCAAAGACGCUCAACGCACGAUGAUCUAAAUAUGCGUCAGAACGAAGUUGACGAAGAUUCCGAGGAUAACGGCGGUUUGAUGAGUCUCUUGCCCUUGGUCAUGCAGGCGGUUAGCUCGUUUGCAGGCCCAGAGGGACAGCAAACACAAGAGAGGCACAAAGGUCACGCCUGGGUGUUGCCACCGUUCUUGGAGCAUUUACAUGUUGUGUGGGAUCACUUCUCGAACUCGGAACUCGCCGAUGCGCUGUACGAAAAGUCAGGCGUGAACAAAAUCUUAAAGGGAUUCAAGGGCCGCGAUGGCAAAUUAGACUAUGACAAACUUUUCGAUUCGCUGAACAAUCAGUCAUUCCGCAGACGUUGGAUCAAGUCGGCGACGCUCUACCUAGCCGACUGGGCCAGCUAUUUGGCAAAUCCGGAAGUCUUUCUCAAAUAUUUCCAGACAGCGCAAUUGAUGUUCAAUGGUUUUCUGAAAUCUCAAGGUUAUCCCAAGAGUACCUUCUUCGAUCCUAGUCGCGCCAGCGAGACCAUAUCCAAUUUGUUCGAUCAUGUGGCCAAGCAUCAUCUGAAUGUAAAGAUCGACUCGCGCCAAUAUGUCAAACCGGCUGUGGGCUAUGCCAAAGAAUUGCUGAAAUUGGGUCAAGCGCGAGGUCUACUGCAGUUCAAUGCUACCGAACUGAGUGACAAACUAACAGAUACACUCAAUUUGGAGGAGAAAUCUUCUCUAAAAAAUUACUAAAACGAGCUUGGCGGAAAUGAGCAAAAAAUGCUGCUUUGAAGGUGAAAAUGAUAUAGAUGAAAAAAAAAAACCGUAAACGUUAUUAUAAAAGCAGUAAAAGUAAAAAUAAUAAUAGCGUAGCAUAUCAGCGCUCAAUUUAACGCUUUUAGGUAACUUUUUUUUAUACAUAUAAUUAAAAUGCUGAAUUUUAGUGUGUUUCGCAUCUAAACAACCGUUGUGCAUGUGCGGUGUAUUUAACAUCUACAGUGACUGGCAAAAAUAUGUUUGCAUUCGUUUUUUCAUGUUUUUCAUGGUAAAUUUUUUUCCGAGUUAUUGCACAAAAUUAAGGUGAGUUCAGCGAAAUUGCUUCAAAAUUUCAAGCUUUUUAAUAAGAAUUUUUAAAAUAAAUUCGACUACGCACUUUUAUAGUACAUUCAAUUUUAGUAAAGUGCACGUCUGCUGAAGUUAUAAAAAAACGCGUUGAUUAUUAUUAUUUUUUUUGCUGACAUUGUUGUGUAUUUUCUUCCAUACAAG